UCAGGGGAGGCAGCAGAGCAUCACCUACUCCACUAUUCAUCGUUGGUGAUCGCCAGCUUCUUCGUCCAAGUCACUCCACAGACGCAGAGCAUCUUUUCCAUCUCACAGCAACCGGGCAGCCCUUGGAACCUCCGGCCUCUUCUAGUUUUCAGUCAUCUGUUGCUCCGUUUUCUGUUGAGCAAUGGGGAGUGCACCAGCUCAAAUUCCAACGAGCUUUGGCCACGAGCUCAGGGCCUGUCUUCGCUGCCGCCUCGUCAAAACCUACGAUCAGUUUAGAGAAUCCGGGUGUGAGAACUGUCCAUUCUUCAAGAUGGAGGAAGAUAAUGAGCGUAUUGUUGAUUGCACCACUCCUAAUUUCAAUGGGAUAAUCUCCGUCAUGGAUCCAACUAGAAGCUGGGCUGCUCGAUGGCUUCGACUUGCAAGAUUUGUACCUGGUUGUUACACCCUUGCAGUUUCAGAGGCACUCCCAGAGGAUUUGCAGAAUUUAUGUGAAGAUGAGCACGUGCCUUAUGUGCCACCCAAACGUGUAUAACUGAAAGUUCCCAUAUCACAUUUGCCUUUAUGUUUGGAAAUCUUAAUUCAGUGGAUUUUACCAGUAACUAGUGAUAUUGAUAUCUUACUCGAUGACUCAUGAUAUAUGGGAAUGUUUUCUGAUGUUUCAGGGCAGAUACUUGAAAAUUUUCAUGGGAUACUUUCUGUUCU